AUGCGUGUCAACGUAGUGGCAAUGUUCGCAGCAGUGGCCGUUGCGUUGGCAGCGAAUGACACCACGAUCAUCACCGUCGAGCCAUCCAACACCACAACAACGUUGGCACCUCCGUCAUCCACUUCUACCACCUCCGACCCAACCACAACCACAACAUUGUCGCCUCCGUCACCCACUACUACCACCGCCGACACCUCUGACCCAACCACCACGACAACGUUAUCACCUCCGUCAUCCACUACUAUCACCGCCGACACCUCCGACCUACCAGCACCUCCAAACCCAACCUCAGUCGUCCCUACGACGACCACCAGUCCUACCACGAGUCCUACAACGACAAACACAACACCGCCGCUCCUGUCAAUCCCCACGGAGGCCAGUAAGAUUGUGACCGACGAACCUACAUCCAGCAUGCCAACGACUUCUACCACAACAAGGAAACCAAGUUCACUUGCCCUUGGUACCGCAACACAGCUCAUUUACGAGGCACAAGUCACACCGAGGCCAUCGGCAUCGACAACUGCCAGCAAAGCUACAUUGGUCACGACUGUCGCUCCACAGCCUGCAGUCACGCCUGCCGAAUCGAAAACACCAUCGAUGUUGAAGUCAAAUACCACGCUGGGUCUUCUUGGUGGCGGGCUGCUGCUGUUCGUAGCCGUCGUGAUCUUCAUAUUCGUGUCUGUCCGAAGGAAACUCCGCGUGCUUUCUGUCCAAGCGGACGCCGAAUAUGCAAAUGUCCCAUCUCCACUUCCGCCCCCACGACACUCCUCUGUGACUGUCUCCAGUGCUUAUGGCAUUGCCAGGGCAGCAUCCCAUGACCAUAUUGGCAGUUGGCGGGGCAGCAGCUUCUCCCAGGUGUACGAGAACCCCUCGUCGAUCGACACCCGAUCGCCGUCCAUGCGUUCCGUACAUGCUUAUUUGGGAAGCGGCGCGGUACGGUACUCGGGUGAGUACGGAGGGCUCGCUACCCCCCACGCGGUGCGUCAAGGAGGAUCCCGGUCCUUUCAGUUCUUCGAUCCCCACACGUUGGCCAUACACGGGCGUGCGACGUCGUUCAGUGAUCACGCUCCCAUGUCGUCAGGCCGGCGGUUGUCAGGAGACCUUGGCAUGCCUUCGAGGCGGUCAAACGACUGGCGCGACUUCGUCGACGCUACGUAUACCUCGUCCAUCCCCCGGACAACGUCGGCGCCCAUGGCCUUGUCGUCCAUGCCAGGCGCUGCAACACCGCAUACCCCCAUCGGGACCUGGAGUCGAACGGACAGCGGGGGUGCCGACGAUGACGACGGCAGCUUUUACGAUUUUUAAGCACGUGCAAUUAUAAUCCAACAACUUUUUGAAGUGGA